AUGACAGAUCCAAAUACACAGCCAAUACCCGUGCCGUAUAUCUCAUGGCGGCACAAAACCACGGAUGAUGCGUUUUGGACUGAACCGUUAUCAGUCCCCAGUACGGGUGCUACUUGUCUACCUACGUUCUGGGAAUAUGCCGGUCUAUUCACCACGAACGGUCCAUCCAACUGGUACUCUAUGACCGAUGGUAUUGAGUCCGUGGAACAGCAAUUAUCCUCCUCGUCAUCCUCUUCACCCACACUACCAUCUCAUACGAUAACCCAACCCAUGCAAACUGGAUCCGUGAUUGAGGAUCGAUCUUAUUUGACUCAACUUGAGAAUGGAGAAUCUAUCUACAAGUAUUCAGUAGAUGAUGCUUCAUCCACAGUGUUGGAUUAUACUACCACUUCCGUUUAUCGGUCAGAUCCGAAUCGAACACUAUUCCACUCGCAGAACGGUCUGAUCAAUCGAAUGAUCCCAGAUCCGAGACAAUCGGCUGCUCUGAUGGCGUAUUUGAAUGUGGAUAAAGGAUUAGGAAUAAAAGGGCGAUCGAAAGGCUUGGAUUUGGACGUCGAAGCCAGAAGUAUGAACACGGAAAACAGCUCUGUGAGAGGCAGUUCUUUGCGCACUUCCGCCGACCUGUCCACUCCGACCACAUCCAGCUCGUAUCCCACAUUUUCAAUCGCCUCAACUCCGACUUCGUGCGGAGCCAAUAGUCCCUCAGGACCACUUAAAGGAGUAACUGCCGAGGAACUACAGACACAGCGGUUUUUGGCCAAUGUACGCGAAAGACAACGUACACAAUCAUUGAAUCAGGCGUUCGCGGAACUCAGACGUAUCAUUCCAACUCUACCGUCCGAUAAAUUGAGCAAAAUUCAAACGCUGAAGCUGGCCACAAGAUAUAUUGAUUUCCUAUCCCAAGUUCUUCGUGUCUCUUCCGGAAGGGAAGAACUAGGUUCCAGUGUUCCCGAUAUGUCUCCGAAUUCGAACGAUUUGUACACGGUCGGAUCUUAUUUGAACGGCACUUCCCUAAGUUGGACCGGAAGUGUAGAAGCUGGUGUAUCCGCCCCGAACCUGGACCCGGUGACCAUGGAUCCGUAUUUGUCAGACUGUGCUAAUCGAACCAUGGUGUUUGAUACACCAUCACGCCCGGUGGACUUGGAUCGAUCCAACUGUUCGUUGUGUGUGCUCCCCAACUGUUCCACAGACGUUACUGUGACAGACAACGGUUGUCCUGGUAUAGAAUAUGUCCCGGUGAAUUCGGACGGGUCUGUGCACAAUCCGUGCGUGGAACCAAUGCGAACCGGACUUAGUUAUGCAUUUUCAGUCUGGCGCAUGGAAGGUGCAUGGAACACCACGGUGACAGAGUCUAAUCAGCGAACCAAGCCAACCAAUCAGAAUGGGUCUGUGGAACAGUGA